AUCGAGAGAUUGCCCGUUGAGAUUCUACAGAAGAUUCUGGGUGAGGUCGCCACCCAGCCAGGAGGAAUCUACAACAGCUUGAAGGAUUUGAAUGCAUGUCAGACUGUUUCGAAGGUCUUUCAUGCCUACACCAUGCCGCUUCUUUACUCGCACGUACCCGUCUCCGCGUCCCCCGUUUUCGCCAAGUUCUUGCACGGAUUGCAGGACGAUCCGUUCAAGGGCUCGCUUGUUAAGACGCUUGACUUUUCGGGGUUCACGAGUGUUGGGAUGGGAAGGACGGGGCGGAUGAACAAGGAGAUUCAGAUGUUUACUGCUACGACCCUUGAUAUGUGCUUGGCGCUUACUCCGAAUUUGCAGCAGUUGCUCUUGAGCGAGCAUGUCGAGCACGAUAUUGAUUUCAACAUCAUUGCGCGCCUGCUUGGUGGUGACAUGCCCUACAUCAAGGCUCUUGACUUUUGCGCCAUUACCUCGAACGAGUUGGUUCGCGCUAUGACCGACUUUGUCGAUGUUAACAUGCUCAGCGCCGCGCCGUUCUUUGCUUUGCCGCGUUUGGAGAGGCUUUCGUUCCACGAGUGUUCGACCGUUCCCUCUCGCGUCUUUGCUGCGCUCUUGCCUCGCCUUCACAGGUUGACUCACCUCGAUUUGACCCACACUCAGGUCACUUCCGACACUUUGAUGUCCAUCAGCCGGAAGGCUAGGUUGCAGCACCUCUCCUUGAGCCGCUGUUCUAAGCUCUCCACUGAGGCCGUCGCCGAGUUCUUGUUGACGCACCCUGCUGCUCGCAAUCUCGUCUCCUUGAACCUUCGUGCGUCUGGCAAAGUCAUGUCUGAGGACCACCUCGACAUCAUCUUGCCUUCCCUCCCUCGCACCUUGAAGUCUAUCAACCUUGGCGGCAACACCGAGUUCGGAGACAACCACCUUCCGCUUCUUCCCUCCACUGUCGAAGAACUCGGCAUCGCUUGGAGCAAAGUCACUAUCGACGGCCUCAAGGAGAACCUGUCCCCA